AUGUUCGCUUAUUUGCUUCUCAUUUUCAAGUUCAUUCUUUCUUUCCUCCGAAAUUGGGAUAUUGAAAGAGAGCUUCCCCCUCUCUCAACCCCUUUCUCCCACUCUCUCGACCCACCUCUUUGCCUCUCCCCUCUCUCCCCUGACUCUCCCCUUUCUCGUUCUACCUCUUCCUCUAUCUCUUCUCUUAACCCACCUCUAACCACUUUCUAUUAUCCUCCUCUCUCUCACCCCAACUCUCUUCCCUAUCUCCCCUCUUUCUCUCCCCCUUCUCUCUCUCUCUCUCUCACACACACACACGUAUCUAUCUAUCUAUCUAUCUUUAUUUGUCUUAGUAUAUUCAUUAUCUAUCUAUCUAUGUCUCUUUAUCUGUCUCAGCAUAUCUAUCUAUCUAUCUAUCUAUCUAUCUAUCUAUCUAUCUAUCUAAUUCUAUAUUUAUCGGUCUCAGUAUGUUCACUAUCUAUCUAUCUAUCUGUCUAUCUAUCAUGGGGGAUAACGCUGCACACCACUUUCCUUUUUUUUUCUUUCUUUCUUUCUUUCUUUCUUUCUUUCUUUCUUUCUUUCUUUCUUUUAACAGACUAA